CAGAAAAUCAAUCAAAGUCCAUACAUGAACUGCUCAAACUCCAAACAUUCAACAAAUUAGAAAACAUAUUUACAUUGAAAGAUGUUGAGUUGAAUUGCAGGGAUAAUUGGAUACACCCAGUAGUGUCUUUUGUUAAACCAUGCAGAGCAUGUGGGUAUUAUGGCCACACGCAAAAAUCAUGCAAAAAUAUUCUCCCAUCAUACAAACUAUCGUGUUCAAGAUGUUGGCAGAGUGGUCAUAACAAGGAUAAAUGCCUCAGCAGCAAGAGAGAUACACCAUUUUGUUCAGAGUACAUACAACCGGAAGAACUACUCAAAAAAUAUCUCAAAUCUCAUCACAUUGACAACGAAGAAUCAAAUUCCACCACUCCUGGAAGAACUUAUAGUUUAAUAUUAUCUGAUGAAGAAAGUGAAGACCAACAUGAUGCACCACCACCACUUUGA